AUGGAGGUAUUUGAUGGUGCUGAAUUUCAUCUGCCACCAUUUGGAAAUAUAUUGAAUUCAAAUUUUCAAAUACCUUUUAUUUCUUAUUUUUUAUUCUUUCAAAUCAUUGGUUACGGUAUUCGAAGAUAUACUUGGACAAGUUACAAAGGCUUCAAGCAAUAUCGUCUACGAAACUUAACAUUAUGUGUGGUGCAUUCAUGCAUCAGUGGUAUUUGGUCAUUUGUAUUUACAGUAACUCAUCCAAGAGUCAUGUUCCAAGAAACAAUACAUUGGUACAGUUCAUGGGCUGCGCAGUUACCUAUUCUGUCUAUGGGUUUAUUUAUCAUAUUUCGAUUUUCGGUACAAAUAUGGCAAAUCCAUUGGGCUUGGACAAAUCAACAUCGUUUUCAUACUUUUUACAUGAGUAUAGCAUUUGUUGGUGGUGGUUUCUUUUUCAUAGUUAAUGUAAUUCUAUUUUUACGAGUCUUAGCAUCUGAUGGAUAUUUAGGAGAAUUUGGAAGACGACAUACUGCCAUUAAUCGUUACAUAGCAUUCGAUAAUGAUUUAAAGCAACAAUCAAGCAAAAUUCUGUCAAGAUUCUCAAAAAUCAAAGCUACUAAUGGAAGAUACAAAGAACAGUUGAAAAUUUUUAUUUUCAGUGCAAAAUUUGUAUUAAUAUUAAUUUUAUUUUUAAUAUUUGUUGUGAAAAGGUUGAAUUGUUUAAAUGAACCUUCACAACAAAUGAUAGCAGCGAUGGUUAAAAUUAUCAAAAUUCAAGCUUAAGU